AUGAUUCCUUACUGUCAGGUAAAUAAAACAUUAAUUCGUCGUAAUCUAUUUAUUCAGUUUAUAAGACUUUUACAUAACGAGCCCCCUAAAAGUGUUUUAUAUCCUUUAGAAAGUAGGAAAUUGUUGAAAAUUAGAGGAAAUGAUGCACCUAUAUUCCUCCAAGGACUCAUCACGAACGAUAUGCGUCAUUUCGAAGAAGGUGCGAUGUCAAUGUAUGCUAUGUUUUUAAAUAAUAAAGGUAGGGUACUAUAUGAUACUUUGAUCCAUAAAUGGGAAGAUAAUGAAUCUUUCAUGAUAGAAUGUGAUAAAGAAGUUUUCAAAGUCCUAUAUAAACAUUUGACGCUCUAUAAACUGAAGCGUAAAGUUGUAUUGGAAGAUGUUAGUCAAGAUUAUCGAUUGUGGAAUUUAACUGUAGCUAAUGACACCCCUGAAACGAACAUUGAUCUUAAAAGUUCAAUUAGCCUAUACAAAGAUCCAAGAGUUGUUGAUCUUGGGUUUCGUAUAAUAUCAUCUAUAAACAUGGAUGGCUCACAGAUAGCACAAAAGUUUUCACACAACAUUAUUGUUGAAAAUGAUGAAACUGGAUAUAAAUAUUUAAGAUACAAAUUAGGAGUUAGUGAAGGAGCAGAGGAUCUUCCUCCUGGAACAACAUUUCCUUUAGAAGUAAACUGUGACUAUUUACAUGGAGUAAGUUUUCACAAAGGUUGUUACAUUGGCCAAGAAUUGACAGCGAGGGUAUACCAUACAGGUGUUAUUCGAAAGAGAAUAAUGCCCUUAAAGUUUAAUGAACCACUCAAAGAAAACUUAGAAAAAGAUUCUAUAAUUUCUGCUAGUAAUAAACCUAAGUCAAAUAUAGGAAAACUAAAGGGAGUUCUAAAUGAAUAUGGGUUAGGUCUCAUUAGAAUUAAAGAGGCACUUGAUGCGAAACUAGUUCAAAUUGGAAAUUAUACUGCAGAAGUUGUGAAACCUUCAUGGUGGCCUAUUGAAGCUCCAAAAGAAAAAGUUAUUACAAAAAAUGACUCUAACUGCAACUGA